CAACAGACAAGAUUGAAAUCUCAUUAUGAUAGUGACACAGCCUAUUUCUGCACCCCGACCCCUCUUCAUGCAUCGUGCAUGUUAAGUAGGACGUGCACAUACAAAGUUAGCCUAUACAGACCACUCUAGUUUGGCUAGUAGUGGUGUCGAUCCUAGCCACUCUGCUAUGUCGCCCUCUAGGGACUUACUGACUUUGUGUUGACCCAUUCUCAGGGCCAAAAGUGGAUUUUCCUGGCCGGAGACCGUCUAGACCAGCCUGUGAUGGCUGAAAGGCUGGGAUUUCGUCCUUUCUGACUGCAUCUAAGGCAGAGGAUGGCUUAGAGACAGCAAGGUGAUCCUCAAGAAGGCUGUCAGAGAUGGCAGAAGCAUGGGCUAUCACGGAGGCAGCGGGGAAUGGAUUCUGCUGAGUGGUUCUCCCAGGACUUAGAGGCAGACGCUAGCGGCCGGGAGAGCGAUUGGCUGUGGGCCUGCCCCUCCCGCAGGGCAGAGGCGCGGUGGGUUGGAGGAGGGCGGGGAGCAGACUGCAGGCUUACUGGGUACCGGCUCUGCUGCAUCCGUGCUUCGAGCAGUACUGACUCUUCUCCCGCUGCUCUGUGGCAGCCCCGCGGCCAGGUGUGACCAGAUCCAGCCUGCGGCUCAGCUUUGUCCAUUCGAGGCGGCGGCCAGAGGGGAGCAAAGAUGCAGCAACUCCGGGGCAUUUUGCUGUGUCUGCUGCUGGCGGCGGCUGUCCCCACCACUCCGGCUCCUGCCCCGACGCCGACUUGGACUCCAGUGGAACCGGGCCCGGCUCUCAGCUACCCACAGGAGGAAGCUACGCUCAAUGAGAUGUUCCGAGAGGUGGAGGAGCUGAUGGAAGACACGCAGCACAAACUGCGCAGCGCUGUGGAGGAGAUGGAGGCAGAAGAAGCAGCUGCUAGGACAUCCUCCGAGGCAAACCUGUUAAGUUUACCUGCCAACUAUCACAACGAGACCAACACAGAUGCCAGGGUUGGGAAUAACACCGUUCACAUGCACCAAGAGAUUCACAAGACAACCAACAACCAGACCGGACAGAUGGUCUUUUCUGAGACAGUCAUUACAUCUGUAGGGGAUGAAGAAGGCAAGAGGAGCCACGAAUGUAUCAUUGAUGAGGACUGUGGGCCCACCAGGUACUGCCAGUUCUCCAGCUUCAAGUACACCUGCCAGCCAUGCCGGGACCAGCAGAUGCUAUGUACUCGAGACAGCGAGUGCUGUGGAGACCAGCUGUGUGUCUGGGGUCACUGCACCAAAAAGGCCAGCAAAGGUAGCAACGGGACCAUCUGUGACAACCAGAGGGAUUGCCAGCCUGGCCUGUGCUGUGCCUUCCAAAGAGGCCUGCUAUUCCCUGUGUGCACAUUCCUGCCCGUGGAGGGGGAGCUCUGCCAUGACCCUGCCAGCCAGCUGCUGGACCUCAUCACCUGGGAACUGGAGCCUGAAGGUGCUUUGGACCGAUGUCCCUGUGCCAGUGGACUCCUCUGCCAGCCUCACAGCCACAGCUUGGCGUACGUGUGCAAACAAGGCUUCGUCAGUAGCCAUGACCAAAAUGAGGAGAGUCUGCUGCCCAGGGAGACCCCUGAUGAGUAUGAAGAUGGUGGCUUCAUAGGGGAAGUGCGCCAGGAGCUGGAGGACCUGGAACGGAGUCUGGCCCGGGAGAUGGCAUUUGGGGAGUCCAUCCCUGAGGAGUCAUUGGGUGGGGAGGAGAUUUAGACCCAGAUCCAGCGGAGCUGCUGGUAGAUGUGCAAUAGAAAUGGCUAAUUUAUUUCCCCAGGAGUGUUCUGUAGGUGUGGGGCUGGCCAGGUGUUCUCCACAGCUCCUUCCCAGUAGCUUUUCCUCCGGCUUGACAAGGUACAGUGUAGCACAUUUGGUUCAGCUGCCCUGCUGCUCUGGUGCUGGCAGACAGACAUGGUGGAUGAGGGCAGCCGUGAGCCACCCGACACCAGUGCCAGGCACCCUGUUUUGUUCUUCAUGGAAUGGAGGUUUGUUUGAAGGGAGAAGAUGGAAAGAGGCCAAGUCUGCCCAUGAUGGUUUGGGGGGACACAUGGAGGAGGGUGCCUGGCUUGCAAAUGUGGACCUGGCAAAAUGUAGCUAUCACCAUUGUCCUAUGGUCCUUCCACGGGCUGAGGCAGAGGCUGCACAGGAGCUAAGCUGCUCUUGCGGCCUCCCACACAGUCAUCCUUAUGUCCUUUCUUCCGGUUCCUCCUACCUCACUACAGCACAGCCCUUCACACUGUACUCACCACGGCCCGGGAGCAGACCAGACGCCGUUUCUCUCUAAGUCCCACGUUCUCUCACACACUGCAGCGUCAGCCCCGAUGCCACCAACAGUUCUUCCAAAAGGAGAGUAAAAAUUCUUUUAUUUUUUACAGAUACGAGGCAUGCCUGGAACUAAGGUUAGGCCAGUCUGCAUGUCCCUCUAAGGUUAGAAGUAGCAGUGUGGAGGCAGUGGUACAGAGGUUGCCCUCUGUCAUUUGCUUCAAUAACUCUGAAAGUCAGAAAGUGGAGGACCAUUUGUGUAAAUUAAUUCACAGGAAGGACACUUGGGUAAUUGUAGAGCCAGGGUUAUAGUGAAGUUUGCAAGGUCGCUUAGCAACAAUGGAAGGCCUUUCUCAAUAACAGAGAAAUCAGAACCAAGCCAGGCUGUGGGAAGCAUGGCUAUGAUGUCCAGACAGAAGGCUGGGCUGGGUGUCAGGCCUCAGAUGAUGGUUUCAGGUGCCCUGCAGGAACUGUUUCCAUCCUGUCUUCACUCCGAGUUAUUAAAUUUAAAGUUGCACACAGUUGUGUAAGCAUGCUUUCUUCAGAGUUUUAAAUUAUGUAUAAACAUGUGUGUUGCACUCAAAGAUAUGCAUAAAUCACUUUGGAUACUCUUUAAUAAUUCUUGAACUUUUUUUCAACAAAUAUAAACCCCCUUCAUCCAGAACAAUAGAAUAAAACAAUCUGUAGUAUAAAGAGACAAAAAAUAUUUCCGUAGAAGCAGAUUUUCCAGGCAGGCAUCUGCAUUUCACCUCUUUUAGAAUAUGUUGGAACUCUUACCCAUGUCUGGAUGGGAAUUUGUUUUAAGAGAGAAAAUACUUUGCUGCCUCCUGAAGGAACAGAAGGAACAAAUGGAAUAUUUGAGUCUUCUUUUGGAGGCUCUCUGUAAUCAAAUGCAGUUCUGGGCUCUGGUUAGCAUUGUUACUCUAACAAAAUAUCUGAAGUAAUUAAUUUAUAUAUUUAAAAAUGUUUAUUUUGGUUCAUCAUUUCAAGUUUCAAUCAUAAUCCUGUUGCUUUGAAACUGGAGAGGCAUAUGGUACAGUCAAGCCAUUCCCUUCCUGGCUGAAAUGGGGAAAGAGGAGCAUGCAAUCUUUUUAAGGAUAAAACCCUCCCCCAGGACCUGGAACCCACUCAAAAGGCCCCACCCUUUAAGGGUAGAAGACUCUGUCACAUUGGUUUUAGCUACUCUGCUUGGUGCUGUGACCAAAUGUCGGACAAGAAGCAACCUGAGGGAUGAGGGUUCAUUUUGCAGCAGGGAAGGCACAGGGGAGAGAGUGGUGCUGCUUCCCACAGUUCUGAGGACCAGGAAGCAGAGAAAGGGCGAUACUAGGACUUGGCUUUCUCCUUCCCCCCUUUUUAUUUAUUCUGAGAUCCCAGCCCAUUGGAUGAUGCCAUCCAUGAUAAGGGCAAGUUUUUCUUCCUCGGCUGGUACUCUGGGAACUCUUUCCCUCAUAGACAUAUGCAGAGGUGUGUCUCCUAAAUGAUUCAAAAUCCAUUUGAUUCCAAGACAUGGAAUUUCUGUCUAUGUAAUAAUCCUUUCAUAUAGCAUCUUAUACCACUUAAAAGCUGUUGAAUCUAUCUGAAGAUAUCACAGUAAAGAAAUGUGAACAUUUAGAAAAACAAUAAAUGUAAGUACUUGAUAAAGUCA